ACUUCUUCACAGUUCGAGUGGCCAAGGUCUGGAACGGGCUCCCAAAGGAGGUGGUGCUCUCCCCUACCCUGGGGGUCUUCAAGAGGAGGUUAGAUAAGCAUCUAGCUGGGGUCAUCUAGACCCAGCACUCUUUCCUGCCAAUGCAGGGGGUCGGACUCAAUGAUCUAUUGAGGUCCCUUCCGACCCUAACAUCUAUGAAUCAAUGAAUCUAUGAAUGUGCUACCAGGCACUCCUGUAUUAGCACAAGCAAACCUCUCUCCUUCCCCUGCCAGAUGGAGGUCAGGGGUGCAAGCAACUUUUACCACAUCUCAGUGAAACAGGUUGCAUGUGUGUUGACUACAUCUACUGCAUCCCCAACAGCUGGGUGGAUCAGAGGGAAACUGGGACUGGGGCAGGUCUUUCAAAUGUGGAGUAGUCCCUGCCCACUGCAUAUGGGAUCCUAACCAUCUGCCUCUGCAUCCAAACCCUCUACUGCCAAGAUUGGAGACCUCUGCCCUACAUCUCAUUCCACAGUUUCAGUCCAGGACUGGGUGGAGGAGAAGGGUUUUGGUCUUCUCUUAUCUUUUCCUUCUAUAUGAAUCCCUGAUUUGUAAAUUAGGUUCUUCUCUCUCUCACCUACUUCCUGGCUUUCAACUGUGUGAGCACACUCUGUUCUGCACUGGGCUGCAUUGAAGUUAGGCAGCCCCGACUCUGUAAUAACAAGAUCUUCUAGGGGCAGUGAGAUAGUAAAGGGACAUGUCACACACUGAAUCUUAUUAAAGAACUGCUGUACCCAAUCAGAUAGGCUGACCAAUAGAUCUCAGGUAAUCUGGUCAGUGCUAUCCAAUAUCUUUCCUAAUGGUCUGGAAGAAAAUACAAAACUAGUGUAGAUAGACUGGCAGGGGGAGAAGCACUGAUGGGGACAGGUCAGUGACAUGAAGCAACUGGAACCUGUUGGUUCACUGGGCCCAUGUGGACAAUGGACAUUUUAGCGUAGUCACAAGGGCCUAAAUCAAGGAAGAAUGGAGAUCAGUCACAUGUGCAGGGACAGUAAGCUAAGAAGUAGCAAUGCCAGGGCCCUGGCUGGAAGCCAGCUGAACAGGAUGCCCUGUGUGACACUAGCAAGGACAGUGACUGGGAUUGUGGGUAGCAGUCUACCAACCUCAAGGUGGCUGCCAGCUGAUUCUGUGGGCAGAUCCCAUGGCCAGCAGUCAUUUUUGAGUGCCUAGACUAGUCAAGGCUGGACCCCAGUGCCUGGCUCCUUGCCACUGACUAGCUGUGAGGACUGCCUGUCAUGCAGCCCCACUCCCACACCACCAACUGAUAGAGAGGGAUGGGGUCAUAUGAUGGACAGCCCUCAUAGCCAUUCAGCAGUGAGAAGCAGAGGCAGCAGCAAUCUUGCUAUGCCAGCAGCCUCCUCCCUCCUCCUCCCCCCAUGAGCUGUAUGGCUGGGCCACAGUGGCUAAGAGACCUGCUGGCUCCCCAGAAGGAACCAGCAUUUUAUUUUUGGCAAGCUGGGAGUUUUUUUCCAGGGACUCUGGACUUUUUCACAGGGCCCACCUGAAAUCAGUUUCCAUGAAAAUUGUGCAAUCGCCAUUUCAGUACGUCCCUAAUCAUGGGGCAGUCCCUGCAGUCUAAUGUUGGGUCAGUGCAUAAGAUCCAUCCCCUCUGCACAAAGCACUGGAGAAACAGGUACUGGACACUGCAUCCACAUCACAAAUGAUGUGGAAAUGUGCAGAGAAUUCAGACUGAAGUGACAGUUACUCAAGAUUUGGAAACCUGCCAUAUGCAAGGUCACUCCAGGGGGUUUGGACAGAGAUAGGUUACAGAGCACUAGAAUGCAGUACCUGCGUGUGCUGUGAGGGCACAAAGAAUCCCAGAAGGCAGAACAUGAUCCAGGAUCUGGUGCUGAAGCAUCUCUUCUCCAGGACUGUGCCAGAACACUGGGCCAUAGAAUAGGCUGUGUUCAGAAGGACUGAUGAGGAGGGAAGGGGGCUUUUCACCCCUGGUCCAAGCUGGACUCCUGGGCAGCCAUGAGACCAAGAUUCAUGAAGCCAGGGGAAGAACAGAUUGCGCAUGACAACAGCGCCUCAGAGGGAAAGUCCUGUGUUCUAGCCCCUGGGCCAGGGCUAUUUUGGCUUUUAAUCAAUGACUCAUGUUGAACACAAGAACAGCCCUAGGAAGGUGGACCAGGAUUUUCCCCCUCUUCAACUCCAUGAACCCAACUCAGUUCACAGGAAGCUGGACACUUACACAAGUGGGCUCAAUGGAAAAAAGGCACUUUACUGCAAACCUAGAGCAUCCAGGGCUCUGACCCACAGGAGCCAGCACUAACAAAGGAAAGCUUGUUUCUAGUCUCUCCCCCAUCCAGUCCCAGCCCCCAGCAAGAGCAGCUCAGGACUUCUGGGUCACCACCUGAAACUUGCCUGACAGAAAGAGAAAGCAGGAAAGGUGUGCUGCAGUCUGUCCCAAAGCUGAGGAUGAGAAGGGGCAACACUCCCAUGUUGCAAUGCCCCAGCAAGGAGCAUGCACCAGGCAGAUCUCAGAUGUGUAGCCCAGUUCAUUCCUGGCCUCCCUCCAGGUGCUGCCAGCCAGAGGGCUCCAUCAACACCAAUGACAGCAACAGCUCUGUGACCAGGGCCCUGUUUACCAAGAACUGGCCUGGGAUCUUACACCUCCCACCUUUGUUCCACAGAGCUGUGUUCAAGUAAUGAUAGACCCAAGCGAUCCUAGCCCACUGCACUGGGACAGAGGCCUGCCGAGUAGCAGGGAAUACAGAACAAGGUGUUCACCAGGUCCCACCCAACUGGGCCAAUAGCUCAUACCCAGGCUCAUGAGCCCUUUUCACUGGCUCCAGACACUGCUGCAUCAGCAGCACUUUGCAUCUGACUGGGUCUUGGCUCCUCAUCCCUGCCCCACACUACUCACAGGAUGGCAGUCACAUUGUCACUGAUGCCCAAGCUGGAGAAGGCUCCUUUCAUAAAGUGAUACAUGAAGUGAGAAAGUAGACAAGAGCAGAGAGCUAGCUUUCUGUCUGUUAACAGGACACCUAUGGGGGGGGAAGGGGGGGAGUAUAAGGGGGAACUGUGCUGCAAUUAUGUCCCUCUGCCUGCCCUCAUAUUGAACUGGGUUUGGCUGGAGCAGUCAUGCUCAGCCUCUGAGAGCCAGAUCCAGCCCACAGAGGCAUGUCAUCUGGCCCAUGGGCUGCUCCUGGGUCCAGAUCUUGAUGGCAUGGGAGCAGCAGGAACUAACACUGUCACUGCUCCCCUGGCACUACAUUUCUAAGCCCUGUGGCCAAGAUGACAUGGCCCUGUGCCUGGAGUCAUGUUACAGGCCAAGCCCAAGUGCUGGAUGAUGUGAUCUAGACCACAGACUGACCCUGCAACAUGUCUGUCCUGUUAAGCCAAAAGUUUGGGGAGCACUGAGCUGACAUAUUUUCCGGAAAGGCAGCAAGUGUUAAUUUGAAGACACCCAGAGACGGGGAACCCACCAGAUCCCUGGCAGUGAGCUGAAGUGGUUAAUCAGCCCCACUGGUUACACAUGCCCAGUGUCAGCUUCCAGCCUUCUGGUACCUGUAAUAACCUUCCCCUCCACAUGAAAGAGCUCACCAGGACUUGAAAUCCACAAAGGUACUUAUGCUGAAUCUUAAACAGCCUAAAGAAAUGAUGACCCUGAAGUGCCAUCUUGGAGCCAGCUUCUUCCAGCUCCCAAAGCAACUCUGCAAUUCCUGCCACACCUUCCCCAAGUUUUCAGCAUCUUUUUUAAACAUGGACACUGACACUAGAUGCAGUGUCUAAACCCUGGUCUCACCAGUGCUGGGAACACAUAACACCCACCUCCUGCCCCUACUGAGCCAAAACACACCAGAUACUUGCAUGUGCAUUUGUUACUUCUUCCAGAGCCGAGUUGCAAGUGCAGCAGAGCCUGACCUCACCAGGGGCCUGGGAGCCUAGAGCAGGGGGAGCAGGCCAAGGGGGAGCACAGGCAGUUUCACUUACUGCACUGAAGCAACACAGGGAUCCCCGGGUGCCCCCAGAGCAGGCCAAAGGCUCAGCCCCGCCCCAGCCCCAACCCAAGGGCCUUCCGACUUAGCAAAGGCGACUCCAACUUGAGAAGCUAGGAGCCAAAGGCAGCAGCAGCGAAACCAAGAGCGGCGAUACCCACAGGCGACCGCGGACCCUAAGCAGCCCCCUCCCAGGUCCGGGAACUUCUGGGUGGUGCCACAUGACCGCCCACGUGACGGGGGUAGUCCUCAGUCACGUGACAUUAGCCCGCCUCUGGGGGCAGGAACUGAUUCCCACGCCGCUCGCCUGCUCGCGGGAGCUGCCCGAGCCCCCAGCGCGGCUCGGCCCGGUGGUGAUGUCUGCUCCCCGGGGCGGCGCACUGGUCCCGGGAGAGGCCUCGGAGACGGACUCGGAGGCGGAGCUGGAGCUGGCGGCGCCCCGGGUGGCCCGGCCCUGCCUGCGCGGGGUGAAGGUGCCCGGGGAGGCCUCGGAGACGGACGACGAGGACGAAGGCGAGGGCGAGCGCGGGGCGGCAGCGCUGCCAGGCCCGGCCCUGCCGCCCCUCGUGGUGGUGCGGGGCGAGGAGCCAAGGGCGCCGCCGGGCGCGGAGGAGAAGCCAGCGCUGCGCGGCCAGGCCCGGCACCGCGGACGCUACAGCUCCCUGCUGCAGCAGCGCCUGGCAGACAGCAACGCCCGGCUCUGCGGCCACGUGGGCGGCGCCGUGCGGCAGGGCUACGGCGCGGCGGCGGCCCGCAUCGGCAGCCUCACGGCCCAGCUGGGCGCGGCUCAGAGCGGCAUCAUCGACGCCUCGCACAGCGUCCGCCUGGCCCUCGAUGACCUGCGCGCCCUCGCUGCCCGCAUUGACAUCGUCACCGGCUGCAGCCUGCUGCCUGACCUGCGCCCUGGCCUGCCGCCUGCCUGACCCCGCACAUGGCCUGCGGGUCGCUGCGAUCUCCGGCAUGGCCAGGGUCCCAUGUCUGGCCUCCGCCGGUUCCGCCUGCAGGUGUGUAGCACCAUCGGCAGAGCAGCAGAGUCCUACUGAAUAGACCAGAGCCAGGGGGUGAGGCCAGCAGCUGGGGGAUGCAGGUCCCCCUUGUCACCUGCCCAGGAUGUUUGCGGGCUGAGAGCAGACCCUCCCCUGGACGCUGCUGGGCUGCAGGGGAGUUGCUGGGAUGCCUGAGUCUGUGCUGAGCUGAUGGAAUAGAAGCAACCGUGGGCAUGACGUGUUUGACGCUCCUGAUUUCUGAGGUGCAGCCUCAUCGCCUACCUGUGAUCCCCAAGCCUGAGCGGGCUGCUUAGCAGGGCUGGGGCAAGGCUGGUUAGACUCAGGCUGGACCAGGACGGGGAGAGUGGACAGUCAGGGGAUGUGCCAAGGUGGGGGCUUCUUGUCAUGUGGCCACUGGCUCAUCUCUGUAGCCCAGAGAACUUCAAGCUGUAUCUUGCCAGGCCUGGAUCUAACCCCAUCCGUUCCCUGGGCCCCAGCAAACUAGCUCCUGUGCCUCCCCCGUUCACCCACUGUGAAGUGGACUGGGCCUUGGGAAUGCAGAUAAACAUCCUGGCAACUCUGCCUACGUUUCUCUGCUCCCACUUCUCCAUCUGGGAGGCACCCUCCUGGCUCCAUGUUGGAGCAGUUGCAGCAGGAGUUGGGAAAGGGGGCCCUUCCACAGCCUGGCCUGAACCGGGUUGCUUAUUGCACUCUCCUAGGGAAGGGAAAUGUGGGUCAGACAACUUCUUGUGCUGAGGCAGGCAACCCUCACCCACAGGCCUCCUGCUUUCUGGGCAAGGCCCCAAACAGGCAAGCUGUUCUGUCAAAAGGGAAUGGCACUAGGACCACUUCCCCUCUGAAGGGAAAGAGCAAGUCAGCUGCCUGGACACAGGAGACUUACAAAUGUGGGAGUCUAGGUAGGGGGCUCAGUUUGAGUCCCACUGUACUUGGGCCAGUUUGAAGGGGGUCAUGCAGCCCUGCCUCCAUCUUUGUCACUUCCUUUUGUCCAGCUUGCUAGGAGCUAGGCACUUAAACCUGACCAGGGUGCCUGCUUUCCUGUGCAGAGUCCAGGGAGUGAGCCCUGCCCUGAGGCACAGGAGCACUUAGCACACCUAUGCCUAAGGUUCUUUGCCCCCUCACUUUGCCAAGUCUAGGAAGCCCCUCCCCAUCCUCCUCCCUUUGGACAAUGGGUAUGGCUCACCUAUUUGAAAAUAAGCUAUAGACAAAUGAUGGGUCCUUAAUAACAGUGUUGUUGCAAAGCUUCAUUAUCAGCAUAUGCUGGGGUGAAGGCUGCCAACACCCUGCCCAGCUGGGAAGUUGGGGGUGAGGGAGGAGGCUCCCAUCCCCUGCCCUAGGGGGACAGCUCAUGCUGUUGGUCAUUACCAUGUGUACCAGACAUUGCCCAUUGCACUAGCCAUAGGACAGUGGGUGGAUUGCUCUGUUCCCACCAGCUGAGCAGCCAGGGAGCGGGCAGUCAGGGAACCUGAGCAGCUUCAGCUCUCUAGCACCUGCCCCCUGGGCUGGGGUGAGCCUGGGAGACUGCCUGCAAGCUGGACUCUAGGGGCUGAGCUCCCCAGCAGCCUGCCCACCAGGUACAAGGAGUUAGAUAGUUGGCAGGGAGGCACACAGUGGCUAGCUUGAUCUCUGCACACUUUUACAUGUGCUCCAGGUGGGCGUGGUGGGAGUGCUCUAAUUAGGGAGUGCUUUUAAUUAAAAGCGCUUGAGCAUCACAUGCAUCCGUGUUCCCUGCACUAAAAAAUAGUAGUGGGGUACUUUGAACUAAAGCUCAUUGAAUAAGCUUUAGUUCAAAGCACCCUGCUGCCAUUUUUCAGAGUGGGGACGCUAAUACACAGGAUGCCAGAGUCUGCUGGAGUGCAUUUAUUUCCAUGCUCCAGCAGACUCGAUUAUAGGACUGCACGUAUAUAGGAGCCCUCUGACUUCCCUCCCAUGGUUGGGAGAAAGUGACUUGCUCCUAGAAGGAGAACUGGUCCCUAGAUCCUUAUGCUGCUGCUUCUGUUCUGCCCCUGCUGUUUCCACAAGGAGCCCAAACUGCACUUAUCUUGCUGCUGGGAUGCCAACUCAAUCCUGGUAGAGUGGGGCUCCCUGUGAACUUUGUGCCACUGGAAAUGCACUUCCCUUCCCCCCCCCCCCUCCAAAUAUCAUAACCCCCUGGGAACCAGUUUGCAGUUGUCACAGGUCAGCAUGUAGAGCACUGAGCAUUCCAGAGAGAUAAGUUGUCUUUCAGGCAUGAAGAGCUGCAUCUCGUCCCUGGGGACACGAACACACAGCAUGGCAGGCUCCCAAUGAGCCAGGGACUCCCUAAGCGAAGAGGAAAAUGCCAAGUGACUGGCUGCUGCAGUGACCUCAACCUCCAGAGCAAAACUUCCAAAUGUAUUUUUAUUACAAUGGCAAGUAGCAAUAAAUGAAAACCUUACAAAGAAA